CGAGAAAGCACUGCGCGCAUCUGGUGGAAAAAAUACCAAGAAGAUCCUGAUUCAUUUGUUCUCGGCAAGAGCACCAAUCGCCAGAACAGACCGAAACCACAGCUUCAGGAUACACAUAAGGAAUGCUUGAAACAACUUUACGACGAGAAUCCUAAUGCCUAUAUCCAGGACGCUGUUGAAAUGCUUACAAGCAAGUUCGAAGGCCUGAGAUAAAAAAAAGUCAAGAGCAUGAGGAACGAAUGUAGCUUGACUUUCAAGCAAACGACUCCCUGGUCUGAGGCAAGAACGAGUUCGAGCACUAUUAAGAAACGUUACAAUUGGGUUGGUGAAUAGAGUCUAACGGACAUGGAAUAUUCCCUAAAUUGCGUGUUUAUUGAUGAAGCCGGCUUUGACAUUAAUAUGAGGUAAAGCAGAGCAUGGGCACCAAGGGGCCCAAGGGCAGUAACUACUACAUCUACGACAAAAGCCCCCACUCAUACCAUUCUUGGUGCUAUUUCAGCAGUUGGUGUUAUAAAUUUGAAUAUACGUAUUCCAAGACAGCCACCAAAAGUGAGAAAAAUUCAAGGUAAGGAGGUAGUCCGAAAGUAGAUUGGGAUUUGUCUAGCGCAGCGGGCAAAGCCCAUAUAAAGAGUAAGAGGCAACUUAGUAGUUACCCAUGUACCUAUAACUAGUUCUAACCAGGCGAAGCGUGGUUGCUUUUUAAACUAUACG